AUGGGACUUGGGAUUCUCGACGACCACAAGCUUGAGCACGUCCCUGGGACGGCAAAUGUGCUCGAGGAUGUGAGCAGGAGGCAGGUAGAGCAUGCCGUCGCGAGAGAUGCGAGUCUGAAGUACGAUAAGACGGGCAAGAUACUGCUUGUCCCACAGCCUUCGGACGAUCCUAAUGAUCCUCUUAACUGGCCACUAUGGAAGCGCGACCUCAUCGUCGCCAUCCUCUCCCUACUCUCCGUCAUCGCCGCCACCCUCUCCCCCCUCCUCGCCGCCGACACCGUCUCCCUCGCCAUCUACUUCCAGCGCACGUUCACCGAAAUGGCCCUACUAACCGGCUACCACCUCCUCGGCGUCGGCCUCGCCGGCUUCCUCUUCGUGCCCUCCGCCCGCAUCUGGGGAAAGCGCCACCUGUACCUCCUCGGCACGCUCAUCAUCAUAAUCAGCAGCGCCUGGGGCGGCGGCGGCGGCGGCACAAACUACAAGUCCCUCCUCUGGGCCCGCAUCUUCCAGGGCAUUGGCCUCGCGCCGUUCGAGGCCCUGGUCAAUGCCAGCGUCGGCGACUUGUACUGCGUGCAUGAGCGCGGCCUUCGCAUGGCGUUGAGCAAUCUCGCGCUGUUUGGCGGCGCGUUUUUCACCCCGGUGCUGGUCGGCAAGAUUGCGAAUACCAUGGGGUAUGAGUGGACGUUUUACUUCGUUGCUAUUUUCGCCGCGGCGAUGUUGCCGCUUGUGGUGUUUUUCUGCCCUGAGACGACGUAUCGACGCGAGCAGCGCUUUGAUAUUGAUACCAUGGGGAACUUGAUUACGCCGGUCGCGCAGGGUUCUCUGCCGCCGAAGUAUAGCGAGACGCAGCAGGGCGUGGGCAAUAGCGCGGAGACGUCGGGCGAGAUGGAAAGAGCUGCAAAUGGGGACGCGAACGGGAACGGGGCGGAGAAGAGCGAGGGCCAGGUUAAUAGUGCGGAGAGGGGUGUGACGCAGCCGCCGAAGGCGACGUGGAAGCAGAGCUUGAUGCCGUUUAAUGGCAGGAAGACGGAUGAGCGGUAUUUGAAGUUGCUGUUGAGGCCGUUUCCGCUGUUCUUUCAUCCGGGCAUCCUGUGGGCCUGCCUCAUCCAAGGCACCCUCAUUGGCUGGACCGUCCUCAUCGGCGUCGUCCUCGCGGCCGUCAUGCUCGGUCCGCCGCUCUGGUUUGGCGAAGUGGAAACCGGGUACAUGUACACGGGCGCUUUUGUGGGCGCGCUCCUUGGCUUCAUCCUGUGCGGUCUCAUCUCCGACUGGUCUGCCAAGUUCCUCACGCGGCUCAAUCACGGUGUGUACGAGCCCGAGUUCAGAAUGAUACUAGUGAUCCCGCAGCUCAUUCUGGGCUGUGCGGGCUUAUAUGGGUUCGGAUGGACUAGCGCGGAUGCGGUGCGGUAUGGCUGGUUUUGGCCGGACUUCUUUUUCGCGGUCGAGGUCGCGGGCAUGGUGUGUGGCGCGGUGGCGAGCGCUUUAUAUAUUGUUGACGCGCAUCGCGACAUGUCCGUCGAAGGCUUCACCUGCCUGCUCGUCUUCAAGAACCUCUUCUCCUUCGGCCUCACCUUCAAAGGCUUCGACUGGAUCGUCUCAGCACGCAUCAAGCCCGUCUUCAUGGCAAUCGCGAGCGUGCAGGUGGGCAUUUGUUUGCUUACAAUUCCUAUGUAUGUGUUUGGCAAGAAGAGCCGCUCGUUCUUCUAUCGGCAUAACAUCUUCUUUAUGCUUACGGACGCGAUUGCGGAGCCUUUUGUUAGGCUUUGGGAUUGGGCGAUGCGGAAGAUGGGGUUUGGGAGGUAG